UAAACGGAACUACGCUUCCUUCCUUUUAUAUGUAAAUAAAAUAAGUAAAUAUAAAUAUAAUAUAAAAUAUAACAUAAACAGUAAAUAAAAAGUAUUGCAAAAUGGUUGAUCAAAAGAAUAAUUCUGAAUUAACUGACGCUGAAGCUGAAUUGUACGAUCGGCAAAUUCGCUUGUGGGGUCUGGAAUCUCAGAAAAGGCUUCGAGCUGCGAGUGUUCUAUUAGUAGGUUUGAAUGGCUAUGGAGCAGAAGUAGCAAAAAAUAUCAUACUUGCUGGAGUAAAAUCUGUGACAUUCCUUGAUCAUCGUCAAGCUACAACACUGGAUAUAUGCUCUCAAUUUUUAAUUCCACAAGACCAAAAAGGUCAAAAUAGAGCCCAAGCAUCAUUGCAACGAGCAAAAAAUCUGAAUCCUAUGGUGGAAGUUAUUGCUGAUCCUACUAAUAUAGAUGAAAAAUCAGAAGAAUAUUUCAAAAACUUCGAUGUAAUUUCUGUUACUCAAUGUACUAUUGAACAAAUGAAAAAGAUCAACACUAUUUGUCGCAAAUAUAAUAAAAAAUUUUUUGCUGGAGAUGUCUGGGGGACAUUUGGAUUUACUUUUGCUGAUUUAAUAACACAUGAAUUUGCAGAAGAUGUCGUUCAAACUAAGAAAGUUAGAGAACUAGAAGAUGGAGAACCUACUGGAAAGGAAAAGUUUGAAAAGAUCAGUGUUACUGUUAAAAGUUUUGAGAAGUUUGUUCCUAUUGAAAAAGUUUUAGAUGCCGAGAAUUUGCCAAAAGACUCUGAAGCUUACUACCUGUUGCUUACUCUGUUGAAUUUUCGAGAAAAGCACAAAAGAGAUCCAUUGCCAAAUGAAAGAAACGCAAGUAUUUUGAAGGAUGAAGCAGAAGCAGUCAUAAAAAAGUAUAAACUUGGUGAGACAAUAAACCGUUUGCUUAAAAGCGAUCUGUAUGGUCAGAUUAGUCCAGUUUGUGCUAUAGUAGGCGGUGUUAUGGGACAAGAAAUAAUCAAAACAGUUUCUCAAAAAGAGCGUCCUCAUAAUAACUUGUUUGUAUUAAAUCCACACACAUUAUGUGGUCAAGUUCUUCGACUAUCGUCAUAAUUAAAAAAGCUAAUUUAAGUAUGCGUAUGUUGGCAUACUAAAGGUAAAGCGGGAUAAGAAGACAUUUAGCCUAUACAUAUAAAAAUUCUAAAUAAUAAUUUCAUUAAUUUUAAAAUUCAGAUAAACCGUAUUAAAAUAUUUUUUUAUUUGUAAAAUACGCCUAAGUUUUAGCACAAUAGUAUUGUGCAUUUAUAUUAUUACCGGAAUCAAUUUUGUCUAACAUUUGUAUCAUUGUUGACCUUACAUAAGCAUACCUGUAACUAUUAGUUUAAAUAAUAUGUACAUUUCGGAAACACUGAAGAAAUAAUAAGUGAAACUAUCUAUAUUUAGACAUUAUCUAGAAUACAUUCUGAGUAAAAUAAAGUUUUUCAUU